AUGGACAAGAUUUCCUUCACCCCCGUCAUCACGGCAACGGCGGCUGCCGCUUUCGUCGCAGCCAAAAAGUAUGACUAUCCUGUCGUGUCUGCUGUUGGCUGGACAUGGGCGGUGGUCGUACCACUGUAUCUUGUCGUCUGGAUGAGCUGGAUCUACCCAUUCUACGUGUCCGAGUUGAGGCACGUACCGACGGUACCAGGUUUCCCACUCUGGGGCCAGUUCUUCGAUAUCGUUCUCGAAGAAUGUGGUAUCCCGCAGCGGCGAUGGCAUCAACAGUAUGGCCCUAUCAUCCGCUACUUCUUUCCCUUUGGUGCUGAGCGCCUAUCGGUUGCCGACGAUGAGGCUCUCAAGCAGAUGACUGUCAAGAACCCUUACAACUACCCAAAACCCGUCCGUGCCAAGCUCUGGAUGGUGCGCAUCUUGGGAGAGGGAGUUCUGCUCGCCGAGGGUUCUGAGCAUGUCCAUCAACGAAAGGCGCUUGCUCCUGGCUUCUCCAUCCAAUCGAUCCGCGCACUUACGCCAGUCUUCUGGGAGAAGUCGCUCCUCCUAGCCAAGUGCUGGAGAGAAGAGAUGCUGCAGUCCAAUGUCUCAACCAAGUCUUUUGAGGCGUUGGAGUGGCUGAACCGUACCACGCUCGACAUCAUUGGCAAGGCUGGUUUUGGCUAUGACAUCAACUCUCUUGAGCACCCAGAAACUCCUAUCCGUGAGGCCUACCGUCUGGUCUUUGCCUUUGAUAUCUGGUCUCGCAUGCUACACGGUAUCCAGGCGUUCAUCCCGGCAUCAAAGUACAUUCCCGCCAAGAUGAACCGCGAUAUGGAGACUUCCCGUGGCAUCAUCGUCGAUAAGGCGACGGAGAUCAUCACAGAAAAGGUCGAGCAGGCCGAACACAAUACUGGUGGCAAGGACAUCCUUGCCCUGAUUGCCCGCGACAACAAGAAGAUGAAGGCUGCCGGCGAAAAGGGCCUGUCGUUUGAGACAAUGCGCGAUCAAGUCAUGACUUUCCUCGGUGCUGGGCAUGAUACCACUGCCACUGGUGUUGCCUGGACGCUACAUCUGCUUUCUACUCACCCCGAGAUCCAGUCGCGCUUGCGCGAGGAGAUCAAGGAUUACAUGCCCUUCCUCUUCAACAAAGAGUCUCGUUUCGACCCUGCGCAAGUCAACGCUGCAGACGCAGACCAGCUGCCCUACCUCGACAAUGUGUGCCGCGAGUCGCUGCGCUACAUCCCACCUAUUCCCAUGACCGUGCGCCAAAGCAUAGCCGACGACACGCUCGGCGGUUACAAGGUGCCUGGUGGUACAGUCGUCUAUGUGCUCGCCAACGCAAUCAACCGUCUGCCUAUGUACUGGGGCGAGACAGCAGACAGGUUUGAUCCGGACAGGUGGGAUGACCUGCCCGAAUCGUUCACGACUAAUGCCUUCAUGACAUUCCUGCAGGGCCCGCGCGGCUGCGUUGGCAAGAAGUUCGCCGAGACAGAGAUGAAGAUUCUGCUCUGCUGCUUGCUGAGCAUGUACGAGUUUAAGCGGGACGAGAGCACACCCAACCCAGAGGACUGGAAGAUGUGGCGCCUGGUGCUGCGUCCUAAGGAGGGCGUCACGCUCAAGGUUACGGCUAUCUAG